AUGCAGCAUCCAAUCAUUGACUAUGACGAGUAUGCCACACAGUAUCACUCCCUCACUCAAACCCCUUUAGAGCCAUCCUUGGAAUCUGCUUUGCUCCUAUUGAUGCUGGCCUUGGCAGAAGUUGCAGGUGCACCACGUCCUGAAGUACAUGAUGCAGACUGGUCACCACGGAGUACCUAUUUCUUGCCAGCAUUGACUAUCCUUGUUGAGACCUACCUAAGAACCUCAAUCACCAUGGUUGUCCUUCCACGAAACUCGUCACAUGGCGUCGACCGGUUUCCAGCGUCUGUAGAUAAAUUCAAACCGUCGCCAGAAAAUGGUGAGGCACGAUCUCAGCCAUUCAUCAGGCUAUACUGGGCAAGUUUUGGUCUUGAAUGUGCUGCCAAGCAUAGUAACCUUGUCGCAGGAAGUCACCUACCGCGAAGUGGCGUGGAGAAUCUUGUCGACAAGCUAAACCUUCCAUUAAGUGGGAGCCCGCCCAAUGCUUCUCUGCGCGCCGACUCCUUAACCGUGUCCACCACGCAAUGUACGCAGAAGGCCAUGAGUACCUGCUGCAAGCAAACUACGUCGCGUGUGCCUCUGAUAGUCAAGAUGAUGGAACCAUCCACAGAGCAUGUUAGGCGUUCCCUGUUCUUGCAUCGAGGCCAUGACACUGAUGUUAAGAGCCACGCUAAGCAAAACGAAUAUAUUGUGGGCAGGACUCAGUUAGCAUAUGAACAAGGAUACAUAAAUAGCAUAUGCCCUAGCAUGAAUGGUUACAGUACCCCGGCUCAGUGGAUCUACAAGAAAAACCGAACGGAACGGAACACGGAAGAUACGGAAAAAUUCAAAAGUUCCGAGAUCCAGCCUUAA